GCGUCUGCCGCUGUUUAGUUGUGGUCGCAACACCACCAAGAAUAGCCGCAGUGAUUGUUCCCGCCUUAAAUAAUUACAUUUUGUGAAAUCACAUUAAACAUUUCUCAUGGGAUUUAAUAUAACAUAUUGAAUUUUACAAGCGCAUUUCAUUAUUAUGUAAUCCAUCCGCAGUCUAAACGCAAUAUUUAUGUAAUGACGUUUGUGAAACCGCGAAAAAUCGCGUUGAACUUAUGUACAGAGGUGGAUUUUUAUCGUGUACGUUAGUAGUGAUAAAUGAUAAGCGAAGUAUUACAGAUAAACCAAAGGACAGUCAAUAACGCGUGUGGGCUCUAGCAACCCGUUAGCACAGUUUCUGUGCCGUGCAGUGUGUUCGUACAAGUGAUCCUUUUAGGCGUUCGAAUAGAUAUCAUGUUGGAAAAGCAAAUGAGUGAUGCGCUUGCGUUGAUGCAAGUAGCGAUGGACCUAUUUUUGUAGCACGGAAAUAAGAGCGGCAACAGAAGCAAAAAGAUUCAGCUGCCUAAAAACUUGAGGACGCCGUGUCUUGUGUAUUUUGGUUAAAUGUGAGCUGAUGUGUGUUGUAUCAUUUGUGCGUGCGAGUAAGGUCAUCCGUUAAAUAUGAAGAAGAGCGCUAUACUGAAGCUGAAAUCAAUAUUUGGUUCCAAAAGAGGCAAACGGCACCAAGAACAACAUAAUUCACAAAAGUCUUCGAGGUCUGGUUCCCCGGAACCCACAGAUGGCCUAUCGCCAAGUAGCGGCGAAUCUUUCCGGCCUCUACAAAGGACGCCUCCGCCCAGUCGUAUUGGGCCUCCGCCGUCCCCGCCCGUGCCGACCAAACCUGUGGCUCCGGUAGCUCCGGAGCCCACAGGACCACUGCCGCUUGCGCCAUGCCCCGUCUGUGGAAGGACGUUUGUGCCGCAGUCUUUAGCGAAACACGUAAAGAUAUGCGAGAAAAUGACCAUCAAGAAAAGGAAAACAUUCGACUCUUCGAGACAGAGGCGCGAAGGCACGGACUUAGAACAAUACUUGCCAAAGAAUUUCGGUCUUCCAGAAAACAGCCCAUUCCUUGAGAAGAGUCCGCCGAAUACUGCCAAAGCCACGCCUAAGCCAAAAGUACAGUCGGUUCGCAGUGCUAUCAUGAAGCCGACGGCAGAUCUACAAAAAUGUCCGCACUGUGGUCGCGCAUUCGGCGUACGCGCAUUCGAACGGCACGUGGAAUGGUGCGCGGACAAAGCGAAGAUCCUGCCAGCCGCGCCGGCACAGCCGCCAGCCCAUAUAGCUGACGCGAAGCAAAGGCUCAAUGCGCGUACGCAAUAUAAAGCACCUCCUGUACGAACCCGACGUUCAUCUCAAACUCGUGAAAAGUCAUCGAACAGUAGAUCAGCUUCUGUGGAAUCGAGCCGUGGUAUUUCACCGCCCCGGGAAUAUGGUGACUAUAAACACCCGCGAUCUAGAGCAUCAGAAUCGGCAUCUAGCAAUGAUCACGAGGAGAGCUCUCCUCAUGUUCCAGUAAUUAGAAACUCACGCGCUUCACAAAAUAAAUCAUCUGGCGAUGCUAAUAUUAAAGCGAGACAAGCAAGGCUUGCUAGGGACUUGAGCAGUUCUAGAAAUAAUCAAGAAAAUAACAUUGCUCCUCUUCAACAAUGCAACACCGACCCUGAUGUAAAUAAAAAAGAAAAAGACAAUAAACCUAAAGUUAGAAUGACAAUAAAAAAGAAACAGCAACUAAAAAAACUUGAAGAGCUUGCUGAAAAACACAAAGAAAAAAGCCAAAAAAUAUUAGCAAAAGUACAAAGAGCUUCCAAAGUCACAGAAAAAACUGAAUGCCCAUCCAAAAGCCAAAUUCCUUUGCUAAAAAAAGAAAAGAUUGUGAAAAAAACAAUUAUAAAUAAAGAUAUCCCUCAAAAAGAGACAGUAAAUAUAGAUAAGGAAUCUACUGACAACAACAUUACAAAACAGGCACAAGUAGCGAUUAAAGAAAUUAAUAUAAAAACUAAAACAAAGAAAGAUGUUUCUAGAAGGCAGAAAGAAAGCACUAUGAGUUUAGAUAGUCUGGAGGAUUGUCCACAGAAAUCGACUAGGGAACAAAAUAGCCAAUCAAUAGGAAUUAAUACAGAACUUCUAUGUCCAUGUGUGCCAUGUGUAAUACACGAUUUAACUCCACCUAAACAAAAAAAGAAAAAUGAAAAAUCUUCACACUUAAAUAAAAUUCAGGCAGACAAAUGCGAGUCAGAACUUUUCACAAGGAACCAAAUUAUGGAAAAUUCAUCUAGCGUUGAAUUAUUAUAUAAAAACCCAAGCAUGGUGAGUUCUUGUGAUAAUAGUAAAGAACUACGUGAACAGGCCGAUUGUGAUGAGACUGAAACCGGCUUUUAUCAAGCUAAAGUCCCUUUUUAUCAUUCUUCUUCAGAUGCAAUAGACUUUACAGAUAACAUAAAGCGUUUGGAAAAUCUAAAUGAAUAUUCCGAUACCAACAUUGAAUCAAAAACAGAUGUUUUCAAAAAUAUUUCAUCAGGAAAGGUCAUCAAGGAGGACAGCAAACAAUAUAUUGACUUGUCCAAUGAGCACUUCGAUGAAAACUAUGAGCGAGAUCUAAGUGAAGAUAGUUUAGAUUGUGAUGAGAAAGAAAAUGUUAUAGAUGACGAGGAUCAAAACAAUUUGGUCAGUCGUCAUGGUAGUGGGGACACAUACACAAAGUUUAUUGAUAAUCCUGCCGAUUUAGAAGAAUUUCUCACGUUAACAGAUGAUAUGAUAUGUGAUACCAACAAUAAGAAAGAAAUUACUGACAAAGACAUAGAACAUAUUCAUACCCCUAAAACUAACUCUAUUGAAUCAAUAUGUGCUAAUAGUAAUAAAGACAUUUUAACCAAACACAGUUUUUCGGACACGAUUGAGGAAUUAAAAAACAAUUUUAAAGAAAUUUUGCAAGAAACACAGGAUGAGAAUGCUGAAGAUGAUUUAAAUAGAAAAGUUUCAGAUAUGGAGCAUAUAACUGUAUAUGAAUUAAAAUUUUACGAUCAAAAGUCGAAUGCAGAAUUAAGUCAAACUACGAAGCAAGAUUCCGAUGUUAAAUUACCUGCCAUAGAAGAAAACAACAAAUUAGUUCGCAAGGGCCUUAAAAGUAAAAAUAAUAUAUCAAAUAUAUAUAAAAACAAUCGAAAAUGCGAAAUGCUGAACAAAACAAAUAAAGAAUAUAGGACUUUUAUAAUUAAGGAAAAUCGAGAAGAGAGCAGUGAUGAAGCACCGCCUUUAAAGUUACCUCGUAUUGAUUUAAAAAGCAGUAACAACAUUGUGGGUGAGAAACUGUUCCCUUCCUCCGUCAAACGUUCCACUUCCCUUCUUGAUUCCAUCCAAAAGAAACCAUCGAGCAAAGUAGGUACUCCAAACAAAACUCGACAAAAAACAGAUCAGUUGGAAGACGACAUAAUGCAGUCGCUCAAAGAAUUUGACAAAUUUUAUGAAACACAAAAACAUGAUAAGAAUCAAUCUCAUAAAGAUAUCACAAAAAUGUAUAUAGAUACAGUAAAAAGAGACUCACGGAAAAAAUGCGAACAGAAGAUGAAUAAGAACGACAAUGUAACGAAUGGUAACCAUACGCCGAGUGGAAAAAUUAGCAACGAUUCGGCAUAUAGCAGCUUAAAUCGAGUAUCACCAUCGAAACUCUCGUUAUGCAAUGUUAAAGAAUCAAAUGACUUGGUCUUGCUGGAACAAAUCCCAGCUGGAUCCGAAUCCAGUGAUAGUCAUAAAGAAGAUAGGCGUUCUAUAUCCAGUGAGGAAUUUUUAGCUAUGGAGAGAUCAACUGAAUUACAAGAGUCUUUAACAAGAUCUGAUAUGCAUUCAUCUUAUAAUAACGUAGGAAAUCCUAGUAUAAAUGAUAAACACACGAAUUCUCGUACGUCGACGCAUCGGAGCGCAUCGCGUCGGCAAAACACAAAGGAGGCUCUCAGCUCGAGUGGCUCCGAAACUUCCCUUCACAGAAGUCGGCGGGAAUCCGCGCCAACCUCUGCCCCUCGACUGUCCCGCUUCUGUCACGAGUGUGGCAGUAAAUUCCCAGUCGACACUGCCAAAUUUUGUAUCGAGUGUGGUGUGAAAAGACUUUUAGUGUGAACUGUGUGCUUGUGAACAUGUGGCCGAUAUAUCUAGUCCUAAUUAUCGUCGAAGCGAACUUCAAUUUGGAAGUUAAUGUACAAGUUGUCGGAAUUGUAAUGUAUUGAUUCCUUUUGUUUGAAUUCAAUCUCAAUAACUUUGCAGUGAGUCUCAAAAUUUCAUUAAUUUUAUUUAUCCUAUGUAACAUUUGGCAUAGAUGUUUUUUACAUUGACUGUAUCAUGUUGUUAUGCAAUAACAAUAUUUAUUUAUUUAUUAUUUGGUUAGCAUUAUCACUUAAACAUGCUUUUAAACUAUCGCUGUUAUUAUUUUUACAAAUGUAAAAAGAUAAAUAACAGUGGCUCCUUAUUGUGUUACUUUACACCAUCUUAUAGAUUGGUAGUAUCGUAUUAAAUAUUAUUAUAUGUGUGUGGAUGGAUUUUAUAACAUCAAUAAAAAUGAUCAGAUUUAUAUUAAAUCCCUUUUUAUACAUACAAAUGAUUAUUGACUCAUUUUAUUAAUAUAAAACAAAGAUGUUGUUUUAGGAAACUGUUACCAAAUUAUUUUAAUAAAAAAUAAAUGUGCCUUCCUACAUUAUAUCAGUUGUUUACAAAAUUCGUUUAAGGCUACUUAUUCCAAUUUAAAAUAUCACACAAAUUGCCUUCAGAAAAAAAAUCUGUGAUAUGGAAAAUAUAUAAAAUUACAACAAAUGAAGUGUUUUUCUCAAGAAGGAAUCUAAAAUUAAGUGCCAAUUUUAUUUCUUUUGAAGGAAGUUUUGUGUUUUUAUUUUUAGUUUGUUUUGCCCUUGUUAAUUGAUGUAUUUUAUAAUAUUUUAACUUCAUAGAUUCCCAUAGUGUUAGCAUUUUUAACAAGACUGAUUUUAUUUCAAAGGUUUUGUAAACAAAUGACCAUAACUUAAUGUAAAUUGUUUUAAUUAACAAACUUAUCAUGUAAUAAAUUAACAUUAAAUAAAACAUUGUUUCAUUUUCUAAACAUUCAAUUUGUAUCCAUUGUUUAGGGCCACAAUAUCAACCAUACUACACCCCCUGUCCUCAAUUGAAUCGGGAGUUGCCAUUAAAGAAAAAGAAGAAGUAGUAUUGCAACAUUAAGAAAAAAAAGAAAUAUCAAAUCUUCAACUUCCU